AUGCCGCGUCGGGCUCCAGCGAAGAAGACGACCGGCAAAACCCCCCGACAAAGCACCGCAUCCGAGGCCCAGGAAGCCAAAGACGCCGCCAAGCAUCAUCAUGGCUUUAUCAGUCUAUUUCGCAUUUUCGACGUGGAAAAGACUUGCCCAGUUGCUCCAAGUCUCAAAUGGCCUGCGUGGGUCGAGCAGCACAGCGACUAUAAGCACGUGUUCCACCAGGGCCCGGAGCGAACACAACAACAAAUUGGUGGUGAAGAUCGCGAAAAGCACAAGAAGCGGAAGUAUCCGGAUAGUAUCUUGAUUCAGGAAAGCUUCGUUGUCGACAAUCCCCCUUUGCAAGUUGCCAGGUAUUGCACCUUUCAGGGCAUAAUGGAAUUCUUGUCGUAUAUCGACAUCAUUGUCCCCGAGAUUGUCGGCAAGGCUGCCUUGUUAGCUGUGAACUUCCGACCCAACGAAGACACGAUCAAUGCCAAUGCACCAGGCUCAAUGGUUUAG